AUGCCGAACGAGGAAUCCAACGCAAACGGCAACAGCCGCCUCCGCAUCGUAUCGAACCGUCUGCCUCUGACCAUCAAGCGCAGCGAAGAUGGCCAGUACAACUUCUCCAUGUCCUCUGGCGGCCUUGUCACCGGCCUGAGCGGUUUGUCCAAGACCAUGACCUACGAAUGGAGUGCAAUGCACACCCGGGUCUUCAUUGACGACGAUCUGGCCGACAAGCACUACAAUGGCUUUUCCAAUGAGAUCCUUUGGCCUCUCUUCCACUACCACCCCGGCGAGAUCACCUUCGACGAGUCUGCCUGGGCCGCAUACCACGAAGUCAACCAGCUCUUUGCCAAGACCGUCGUCGCCGACGUCCAGGACAACGACAUGAUCUGGGUCCACGACUACCACCUCAUGCUCCUCCCACAAAUGCUGCGCGAGCUGAUUGGCGACUCCAAGAAGAACGUCAAGAUCGGCUUCUUCCUCCACACCCUUCCCCUCUUCCGAGGUGUACCGAAUCAUUCCUGUCCUCGCAUCCUGUCCGCGACAACGACGCCCAAUGGUGUCGACUUCAACGGAAAAUUUGUGACGGUCGGCGCGUUCCCCAUUGGCAUCGACCCGGAGAAGUUCGUCGAGGGCCUCAAGAAGCAGAAGGUCCAGGAGCGUAUCGCUGCGCUGGCGCGCAAGUUCGAGGGCGUAAAGCUCAUCGUCGGCGUUGACAGACUGGAUUAUAUCAAGGGUGUGCCUCAGAAGCUUCACGCAUUGGAGGUCUUCCUGACAGAGCACCCCGAGUGGAUCGGCAAGAUCGUCCUGGUGCAGGUUGCCGUGCCCUCUCGACAAGACGUCGAGGAGUAUCAGAACCUCCGUGCGGUGGUGAACGAGCUCGUUGGUCGCAUCAACGGCCGGUUCGGCACCAUCGAGUUCAUGCCCAUCCACUUUCUGCACCAGAGCGUCAGCUUCGAGGAGCUGACAGCCCUGUAUGCCGUGUCUGACGCCUGUUUCGUCACCUCCACGCGGGACGGCAUGAACCUGGUCUCCUACGAGUACAUCGCUACGCAGCGUGAGCGCCACGGCGUCAUGAUCCUGUCUGAGUUCACCGGCGCCGCGCAGUCGCUGUCGGGCUCGCUGAUCGUCAACCCCUGGAACACAGAGGACAUGGCCAACGCGAUCCACGACGCCGUGACCAUGUCCGCCGAGCAGCGCGAGGCGAACUACAAGAAACUGGAGAAGUACGUCUUUAAGUACACCUCCGCCUGGUGGGGCAAGCAGUUUGUCACCGAGAUGAAGCGGCUGGACGCCACGGUGGGCAAGGGCCAGGGCGGCAUCCCCGUGGGCAACGGGCCGCCAAAGAUCCCCCUCAAGGAGAAGGUGGCCGACAAGGUCAAGGGCGCCGUGGAUGCUGUCACCGGCGGCACGUCCGACGAGAACGGGACCGAGAGGCCGUCCUAA